GCCUCUCCCCCUCCCCCUCAGCCUCGCCAGCCACAGCCCCUCAUUCCGUCCCCUCCCUCCGCCAAGGGACGUGCUAUGGCUACGUCUAUACUUGGGGAAGAGCCACGCUUCGGAACGACCCCCCUGGCCAUGCUGGCGGCGACGUGCAACAAGAUCGGCAACACCAGCCCCCUGACCACGCUGCCGGAGUCCAGCGCCUUCGCCAAGGGGGGCUUCCACCCGUGGAAGAGGUCGGCGGCAGCAGCCUCGACGACGACGAGCUGCAACCUGGGGUCAGGCCUGUCGGGCUUCGCCGUGGCGGCAGCAGCAGGAGGGCUGGCGGGCAGCUCCGCCACCGCCAACAGCGCCUUCUGCCUGGCCUCCUCGUCGCCCACCUCCUCGGCCUUCAGCAGCGACUAUGGAGGCCUGUUCUCCAACGCCGCAGCAGCAGCAGCCGCAGCCGCCGCAGCCGCAGCCGCAGCAGCCGCAGCUGGGGUGUCCCCACAGGAGCCCGGUGGUGGACAGUCCGCCUUCCUGCCCAAGGUGCACCCACCGACGGCUGACGGACUGUACCCUCGGGUCGGCGUGGCACAUCCCUACGAGUCCUGGUACAAGUCCGGCUUCCACUCGACGUUGGCGGCGGGCGACGUCUCCAACGCCGGCCCGGCCUCGUCGUGGUGGGACGUCCACGGCAGUCCGGGCUCCUGGCUGGACGUGCCCAACACCCCCACCGGUGGUCCACACUCUCAGCUGGGCUCCUACAGCCCCGACUUCGGCUCCCUGACGCACUCGGCCUUCACCUCCACCGGCCUGGGCUCGCCGGCCGCGGCGGCCGCGGCCUCGCACCUGCUGUCCACCGGGCAGCACCUGCUGGGCCAGGAGGGCUUCAAGCCCGUGCUGCCCACCGCCUACUCGGACUCCAGCGCCGCCGUGGCCAUGAUCACGGCCGCCUCCUCGUCGUCGUCGUCGUCGUCGUCGUCGUCCGGGCCCCGCUCGGCCCGGCGCUACUCGGGCCGGGCCACGUGCGACUGCCCCAACUGCCAGGAGGCCGAGAGGCUAGGCCCCGCCGGAGCCAGCCUGCGCCGCAAAGGCCUACACAGCUGCCACAUCCCCGGCUGCGGCAAGGUCUACGGCAAGACUUCACACCUCAAGGCCCACCUGCGCUGGCACACGGGCGAGCGCCCUUUCGUCUGCAACUGGCUCUUCUGUGGCAAGCGCUUCACCCGCUCCGACGAGCUUCAGCGGCACCUGCGGACUCACACAGGUGAGAAACGCUUCGCCUGCCCCGUCUGCAACAAGCGCUUCAUGCGCAGCGACCACCUCAGCAAGCACAUCAAAACGCACAACGGUGGCGGUGGCGGGGGCAAAAAGGGCAGCGACAGCGACACGGACGCCAGCAACCUGGAGACGCCCCGCUCCGAGUCGCCCGACCUCGUCCUGCACGACGCCGGGGUAAGCGCGGCCCGGGCGGCGGGAGGAGGAGGAGGAGGAGGAGGCGGUGGCAAGGACUCCACCUCGGGCCCCAACGUCUCGUAGAGGGUGCGAGCGCGCCACAGACUCACAGAGCCACAGAGACCGAGACUGAGCGACCCGGAGACCCAGAGACACACAGGGAGAGCGAGGAGGAGCAAAAAAACCCGGCGUCCCUCCGCCCUGGUCCCUCCCCGCACGCCGGGGAGCCUUCCUGGAGGAGGCGGCCGCCCACACUUGCAUAAAGACAGAAGACACGCACAUCCCACCGCCCACACUUGAAUAAAGCGCCCGGUCCAGGGACAGAAGGCACACACACACACACACAAUCACGAGCCCCGACGGCGACGCCACAUUUUCACCGCUCCACAAACUUCUGCGGUGCAGACCCACACACAGCAUUUCCCUCCAUCACCAACGUACAGUAGUAUUUCCCGCAGACCAACACACAGCAUUUCCCUCCAUCACCAACACACAGUAUUUCCCUCCAUCCCGGCCCCCGCUUCCACGCAUCCCCUUCCCCUCCCGAAACAGAGAAACACGCAACAACAACAACAACAAAAAAAAACACCCGCCACCACCCAGCAGACGCUGUCCGUCAGAACGUUUGGGACCCGAUGGGACCUUUUUUUAAAAAAAAAAUCUGACCCUCUGUGUGGAUUAUAUAUAAAAUACUCCAAGCCCCGCUUGAUGAUUAUCUAUUUGCCACGAGACUUUUUUUUCCCCCGAAAGGAAGCGUCAAAACAAGAGGCUUAAGGUGAGGAUUUAAACUGGAAGUCUAGAGACAGUUUGUCUGUAUUUCACAAGAGCUGUAUAAAUAGGGUUCAAAAAGGAUUGUGUUCUCUUUUUUUUUCUUGUAAAUGUUGAUUCUGAUAGGUUUUUUUGGUGAAUUCCUGAAAUUCAGGGAGGUUUUCUUUUUUAA